CGCGACGGCGAGUGGGAGCGCGGCUCCUGCGCCCACACUGAGAAGGAGCUGGAGCCCUGGUGGAGCGUGGACCUGGGCCGGCGGCACGCCGUCCUCGCUGUCACCCUCACCAACCGGCGGGACUGCUGCUGGGACAGCCUCGUGGGCGCCCAGGUCCACGUCGGGGACUCGCCGGCCGACCACGGCAGGAACAACCCCAUGUGAGUGGGGUCCCCGGCGGGGUCCCGCCUGUACCCGCAGCAGUGCCGUGGCCCCUCAGCAACCUCCCGCUCCUCCCCCGGCAGCUGCGGGGCCAUCCUGGACACCGGCCCCGGCUCCACCAGCACCAUCUGCUGCAACGGGCUGCCGGGCCGCUACGUCUCCAUCGUCAUUCCCGGCCACAUCGACUUCCUCGUCCUGUGCGAAGUGGAGGUGACAGCGCAGAGCUGCCUCCCUCCGCCCGGCGGUAAGGGGGAGGCCGCCUCCGGUGCCACCACGGUGCUGUGGCCUUGGUUCGGUGCUGGCAAAUAUAGGGGAGGAGCGGGGGGGCCACGGGGGUGGGGGACAGGGAUGUUGCAUGUGCCCGCUGGCGUGGUGUGUGUGCUGUGCCACGCUGCAGUACGUGGCUGUAUGGCAGGAGGGGAAUGCAGGGCAAGGAGGGGUUCCAGGCACCGGCUCCAUGCCGCUGGUGAGAGCCCGGAGCUGGCAUCACUGUCCCGUGGUGUCCCCAGCCCAAAACCUGGCGCUGUGGCGCCCGGCGAUGCAGUCCUCCACGGCCAGGCCGGCCGGCAGCGCCAUCAACGCCGUGGACGGGAACCGGGACGGCCGCUGGCGGCACGGCUCCUGCACCCAGACCAAGAGGGAGCGGGAGCCGUGGUGGACGGUGGACCUGGGCCAGAGCCGCGCCGUGGCAGCCGUGGUGGUGAAGAACCGCCUGGACUGCUGCUGGCACCGCCUGAAGGGCGCCCGUGUCCACGUCGGGGACUCCCUCGCCGGUCACGGCACCGACAACCCGGUGUGAGUGCCGCCGUGCCC